AUGGCAGAAGUGGAGCAGAAGAAGAAGCGAACCUUCCAGAAGUUCACGUACUGCUGUGUGGACCUGGAGCAGCUCCUGGACAUGUCUUAUGCACAGCUCAUGCAGUUGUACAGCUCUCGGCAGCAGUGGAGACUCAGCCAGGGUCUGCUGCACAAGCAGCAUUCCCUCCUGAAGCGCCUGAGGAAGGCCAAGAAGGAGGCACCCUGCAUGGAAAAGCCCAAGGUCGUGAAGACACACCUUCGAGACAUGAUCAUCCUGCCAGAGAUGGUGGGCAGUAUGGUGGGCGUCUACAACGGCAAGACCUUCAACCAGGUUGAAAUUAAGGCCGAGAUGAUUGAACACUACCUGGGAUAA